AUGGAUGCCGUCCUGUUGAAAAUUGCCCAGUUUGAACGUGGACCUGGCGCUGCAAUUGCCAUAUUGAAGGAUGGCGAACUCGUUGCAAAGCAUACAUAUGGAUUCGCAGAUCUUGACCGGCACAUUCAGCUAACAACGUUAACCCAGCUACCAAUAUGCUCGAUCUCAAAGCAGAUGGUGUGUCUGGUACUGGCCGAUCUGAUCAAGAAUCCGACUGCAGCCAUAACAGCGCGAGGCAAGGAUAUUUCUGAGCUCAUGGCCGAGGAAUUGCACAACCUUCUUCCUGGCGUCAGCGGCAGUGAUCUGGAAGUGGCACAUCUAUACAACAUGCAAAGUGGCAUUAGAGACUAUUGGGCCAUGACCACAAUAUGGGGCGCGAGACCCGAUGGUGCAUUUUCUUUGGCCCAUGAUGCUCCAGAAAGCUUGAAAAGAGUCAAAGCCUUCCAUUUCAAGCCGGGCACGGAGUUCUCGUACUCUAAUGUCAACUUUCACGUUCUAGCACGUCUGAUAGAGAAUGUUUCCGGCGUGUCUCUCGGACAACUUCUGGCGGAAAGAGUCUUUAUUCCGGCAGGCAUGAAGACAGCCCUGCUGUCCGCAAACACGAUCGGACAUCCUCUUCCCUGCGUUGGCUAUGAAGGCGAUGAGAAGCAUGGAUACUUAGCCGCUACGAAUCGAAUCGAGUGGUCUGGCGAUGCAGGUAUAGUCGCGAGUCUGGAAGAUAUGAUCGCUUACGAGAAGUACCUGGAUCGAUCAUGGGAAGAUUCGAAGAGCAAUUAUCGUUAUAUCGCCCAACCGCAAAGCUAUAAGGAUGGUUCUACUGCAAAGUACGGAUUUGGGUUGGGCCACGGAGAGGUUGAUGGCAAAAUAACCCUUGGCCAUGGCGGCGCGUUACGCGGCUACCGUUUGCACAGGAUUCACAUGCCGGAGGAGAGAAUUUCGGUUGUAGCCAUGUUCAAUCAUGAAGUCGAUGCAGCUGUUGUGGUAGACUGCAUCCUCAGGCAAGCUCUGCAAUUGGAGAAACCCGUGUCAGUCCUCCAUGCACCGUCGCCCGAGUGGAAUGGUAGCUUCUUGGACGAGGCAACACAACUAUUGAUUAAAGUCGAGAGCGAGAAUGAUAAAGAAGUCGUCAUUGCCUAUGCGGGCCACGAAGAGAAGCCCCAAUUGACCGGGCCCAGCACUGCGGAGAGCAAGACGAUGCUUGCCAGCAUUAAUGGCGAUACGUUGAACAUUGAACGAAAACGGGAGCAUCGAAUGCUCAAGGCCGCCAGAGUGCCCAAGGUUGAGAGAACAGACUUGGACGGGUCUGUAGAGGAGUGUAUUGGUGAAUAUAGAUGUGAAGAGUCGGACAGCAUUCUGCGAUGCACUGGUGCCGGAGGUGUCCUCUACGGAUUCUUUGCUGGAUUUCUGGGCCAAGGCCCAUUGCACAUCAUGAGGCCGGUCGCGAAGGACAUUUGGCUGUUAGCUGAUCCAAGAGGUAUGGACGCACCUGCCCCUGGAGACUGGACUGUGGUGUUUGGACGAGGCGAAGAUGGGCAUAUCAAGAGUGUCAGCGUUGGUUGUUGGCUCGCCAGGCGGCUUGGGUUUGUCAAAGUCCCUUCAUAG